AUGACCAGUAAUAACAGAGAAUCGGAGGUCCGGCCCAGCGUAGAGACCGACCACAGCGAGAUGGAUGACGAAUAUCUUGACGAGGCCGAAGGAUCUGAACGGGGUGAAUUUGAAAGCGAGGACAAGCAUGAGGAUGUGGAAGACGGCUCAGUGUUGAGCGACGAGACAGAUGACGAUGAUGCUCAUGAUCCAGCCCAAAAAGAUGAUUCAUAUCUUGGAGACCCCGAGUUUGCAGAUUCUCACAUCCACGCCGAUGAUGGCGGUGAUACUAGUUCUCAUCACGAAGCCACGGACGAAGAUGUGUUUAGCGACAAGAGCCCGCGAAGCUCUCUGGGGUCGUACGAUGCCGUUUCUGAGUCCGACAGGGCACACAAAGACUUUGACAAUAUGACAACCGCGACUCGGUCACCUCGAGUUUCGGAUAUUUCACAAAACGAGCGGGAAUAUGAGAAGGGAGAUUUCGUUCCUACCGUUAGAGGAACACCGCGCCCGCCUUUUCGGACCCCUUCGGACGUGCGAGCCAUGCAGAUGUCCUCGCCACCAUCUUCGGUCCUCGGUUCUCCCCGGUCCACAAAGAGGCAAUUCCCUACAGUUUCUCGCUUGGGGACGCCCACAGCCUCCGCGCAAUAUUCCCCCAAGAGGAUGUCCACGCCGUCGCGUUUUAAGGGACGCAAGGAGGCACCUCUCGUCCUACUCCACGUCACAUUGUUACCGCUAAGGUGGGCAUGGGGCAAUCUACUUAACAAUCUCGAUACGGACAAUGUGAGCGAGCAGGUGAAGACCCUCCAAGAAUCUUGGAGGCUCCUGCAAGACCGAAUCGGCGACACCGUCAUCGAGAGAGGUAUACUACUAGGCCAUCCUCAGAAUGACUAUGAGGUUCUCGAGGAGCGCCUGCUCGAAGCGCUAGAGUUGCCGUUCCGCCGACGAGCUCGGAUCUUGGAAUGCGGUCAUUACCUCGGCCCUACCAACGAGUCAACCCUGACCGAAGACGAAGAGAGCGAAGACGAGUGGAGUUCCCAACGAUCUCGCGCUGGGGAUAAGCGGCACUGGUGUGACACUUGCAAAAGCGAGAUCCGCGGCAACUCUCUCGGCUCGGGCAAGAUCUUUCGGGUUAAGGUCUACGCCAGCAACGGGUUGAUGAGGGCUGGCGCCUGGGAAGCUUGCUGGAAAGAGAUGGAACGUGUAGACGUCGAACUGGAACCCAUCGUAGAGCCCGCUUUGCAAGAGGAGUUAGUCCGUCUCGCCGCGACUCACCAAGAGGCAGAGAUUGAAAAGGAGACUACGCAGCAUCAGAGGGAACGGGCCGAUAUGGGCUCCCAAUUCGGGGCCUCCUCACCUCAGCCAGAGCCGUCGCGCGUUGGCACACCUAUUUCUGCGGAGGAGCGGCUCCGGCGAGAUGAAGAACGGCUUCGCGAGAUCUACGGGCAUUCGCCGCCGCCACCACAAUCUCGGGAGCCGUCGGUCCAUCCGGACCAGGACAAGGGGUCGCAUGUGCCACCGUCGCCUCCCUCCGACGAGGCCUAUAAACAAAAGAAACCUCAUCAGGCUGCCUACCAGAACGCGUCGCUCCCCGAGCUUCUACUUCAGUCUAUGAGGGUUUUAUUGCAAGACCGCAGGAAUGUUGCCAUCUUCACUCUCAGCAUUUUUGUGCUUAUGCUUGCCUUCCGGAACGCUCCCACUCCGGCCGAGCCCGUCUACGAGCCAGUGAUCCACCGGAUGAGAGACGUCCCAAUCAUGCGCCGCGCCCAGGUUGUCGAUAUACCUCAGGUUCCUACCGUCCAGGUAAAUUUCCCGACGACAGAAUCGUUAGCUGUGCCGUCAAUUUGCGGCGAACCUUCCACGACGCCUCGACAGCAUGCGCCGUUGGCCGAUCUUGUAGCGGCCGUACCCGACCAAGAGCCGCUGGGAGCAGUUCAGCACCAAGAUGCACCGGUUUCUGAGUCCCCUAUAGAAGCAGCACCAAUAGAAGAGGAGCAAUACGAAUCCGAAGGGAAACCUAUCAUCUCUGAAGAGCCUACAAGCGUGACGUCUACUCAUUAUACGAUACAGACCGAGCCUACAGUGGCUGAGACGGACUAUCAAGGCGACCUGGAAGUCGUAUCGCAGCAGGACAUAUCCGCCAGCGAGCCUGCAGCGGCCCCUGCGGAUUACCAAGAGGAGUCCGUGGCCGAAGAGCCUCAGCAAGAGACAACUCAGAGCGAAGCUGAACCAGUCCCGACGACUUAUGAGGAAGCUUUAGAAGUUGCAAUCGAGCCCACGGCAGCCCAGGACAGCACAGCAAUGGCGACAAGCAUAUCUACUGUCUAUGAGCCGUGCAGCACAUUUGCAGGCGCCUACGACCAGUUUAUAUACAUGGCACUUCAGUCAGAGCAGGCCGAAACUGUGACGGAGAAGAAAGUAGUUCGAGUCUUCCACACAGUCACAGAGACGGAGCUAGAGACGGCGACUGAAACUGUCAAGAUGUCUGCUACUGAUGUUUUAACCGAGGCCACACCAUCCGUUGCUACGGAUGAUGUUCCCCUUGAAGACCCAACCCCAGUCAUGUCAUCGGAGUUAGAGGAGCCAACGGUGGCAGAAGCUGUGGAUAGCCUGUCAGUCAAGAUUGCGAUAGAUCGACGAUACCAAUGUAGCAUGUAUGACGAAGCGUCUCCGGACUGCACAGUUCAUGCUCCUACUUGUACAUAAUGCAGCACUUUGAAUAGCUAUGGAAUAUUAUGAGAGGAAUUAGUCGUAGGUUUGUUUCCUACAUAGGAUGGCGGUUAGAAGGUUGAGUACCUUGGGUACCUCCUAACCUAAUGUGAUGUUGAGAAAACAAAGAGAUAACCUAGAGCGAGUGAUAGGAGGAAUGUCUUAUAAAGGCCAAUGCCUCUUAUAAAGUCUAGUCUGUUCCGCAAUACAAAUAUCGUCUAUGCUCCAACAGCACCUAAACUAAGGAACUACCCUAUUAAAAAGAUUUGCAGUAGCAGUGUUGGAGUGACAAGGUUCUGUAUGUACCUUUACGUAAUGAAGAAAGGGUACAAGGUAUGUAACUGAAACUGUAUUGCUUGAUUGGUUGAUAGAGAUGGUAAGUUACAAGGGGAUCUAUGAAACGUGUGGGGUGUUUAUCUAAUUGUGUGUGUGGGGGGUCCAGGCCCCAGCCCUGGUCACAUGACCGUGGUCGUCCCAACAG